AUGAGCAUCUUAGAUAGCGUCCGCCUGCUCACGGAGGAGGGAGAGCCGAACGCUCUCGCUUCGGGUGCUGCCAUGGAGGUCGAGGAGGACGACAUCGACUGGGUGAACGAUGUGUACAGGCAGCUAAACGGCGCACCGACUCUUCAUCAAGGCGCGCGGUGUCAGCGUCUCAACAAGUACCGCGCCGCCCUCGGCCUCUUAUCUGGCAUUCUUAGCCUCUUCGGAAUAGGGGUUCUUGUGCGGUUUUCCAGCUGCUUAUUCUCUGCUCUUUCGUUGUUUGGCGUUACCUGCACCAGCAGCGGCAUGCUCGCGGUCGCAGCUGGUUUUCUCAUCCUUGCGACCGGCAUACUCGGAUGCGUCUCAAGCUGCUGCUGCAGGCGCUCCUCUCUGUCAGUGUUCCUUGCCGUACUACUUUUCUUCUAUGCAGUUUUGUGUGGGAUGUGCGUGACAUACAUGGCCCAUAUUCGUUUCCGCAAUCUCAAUGGACUGCAAGCAGUCUGGGCCAGUAUGGUGGCGGCGCAGCCUGGAGUGGUGUGCGACGUGCAGAAUAAACUGGAGUGUGCUGGCUUCAAGAAAACUCAGUGUUGCCGGAGCGUUGCUCUUGACGACGCCCCACUCGGAGGUGCAGUUAUAGCGCCUACUGCUUGCUAUUUCGAGGCCGCCAACGGUACGACGUUCGACAUUAACACGCGCGAGGAGGUGGACUGGCCGCACACAAUGUGUGCCCCGCGGUGCUCAGCUGAAAACGCCAAGUAUGAGCAGACAUGUGAGGCAUCGCUGACGUCGUUGCUGAGAUUCAAGUUUCACCGUCUCGUCCUUCUACCUUCGACAUGCACGGUUUUCUUUCUGAUGCUUAGUGGGAUCGCUAUGGCGAGUGCGCUCUGGAAGCCGCGGGUCGAGAAUUAUGUGCUACACCACUUCUAA